GCUGGCCCGGGGCCCGCGGGAGCGCGAGAGGCGGGUCUCAGAGGAAAGAUAUAAGCGGCCCCGGGACGCUGCCAAGGUGCCAGCUGCGGAGUCUUCACCUGGAAGAGCCGCGGCUGCCGAGGAGGAGGAGAACGCAGAGGCCGGCCGGACCUCGGACGCGCUGACCGCCGCCGCGCCGCCGCCCCCCGCUCGCGCUGCCUCCUGCUCGCGCCGCCUCCUGCUCGUGCCGCGCCUGCCAGGUCACCCCCGCCCCCGAGAUGGAAACGGUGCAGGAGCUGAUCCCGCUGGCCAGGGAGAUGAUGAGCCAGAAGCCCAGUCGGAAGCUGGUGAAGCUGUACGUGCUGGGCAGCGUGCUGGCCUUCUUCGGCGUGGUGAUCGGCCUGGUGGAGACAGUGUGCAGCCCCUUUACGGCCGCCAGCCGCCUGCGGGACGAGGAGGCAGCGGUGGCCGAGCUGCAGGCCGUGCGGGAGCGAGAGCGGGAGCGGAAGGUCCUGGAGACUCCGGCCUUGCUAAAGAAAGGCAAGCAGCAGGAGGCCGUCCUCUGCAGCCGGGCACUCUCAAACCGGCUGCACGCCUCCUAGGACCCCCGGGAGCUGGCAGAGGGAGGAGACAGAUAACCUGAGCGUGAGAAGAGAGCGUGCAUAGGGUCAGGCCCAAGUGGGAGAGAGCAAGAGUCCUUUGCUGUUUGGACUUUUGGACUUAACAUCGGAGAAGCCACUGACUUCUAGAACUGAAUCACCGCACGGAUCCACCAAAAGGAGUCUGGGAUUGAGUUUUGCUGCUGUGCAGCGUUGCAGGAGGACAUGUCCAAAACUAUGUAUCUUUGAGCUUAGUGCACCUACCAUUUUGCACUAGGGUGGAAGGAGGGGAAAUGCUUUUUAUAUAUUAUUAUUAUUAUUAUUGUUAUUAUUACUACAGUGGCCACCGUUUUGCAUUUUGAAAUAAAAAUCU